AUGAUUGCUAGCCUUGUUCCUGGCGGGCUCGAAGCAUUUCAGAAGUUGGACGAGCAAGGAAAAAUCAUCUGGCGGCAGCGAGCCAUCGAUACUAUCCGGAAACAUUGCUCCGAAAGCGGACGAACCGCCGUUGUUGCAGGGCAUUUUAUGUUUUGGCCCAGCGAAGAAGAAACCGGGAAUCCAAACCGCCCGAGUAUAUCAGUCACUCAUAUAUGCAAGUGGCAAAAGGCUGAGGAGAGCCAGUUGCGGUAUCUCUGCCGUGAAAAUGGGAUCCUGUUUUCCCUUCUACCAGCACAUUUGAUAUCUGCGGACAAAGUUUCGGCAUUCUUGCGUGAUUUCCGAGGCCAUACCGAGAAGUAUAACCUUGUUUGUGCUGAGAGCACUCUUGAUGCAGCCGUUGAUUCCGGGAAUGGCAGGCUAGAGACAAUGCUAGUCAUGGAUGCCGACAGAACAUUGUCUCCAGAAGACACCGGUGUUUUAUUCUGGGAGGAAUUAUCUGCUUCCCGGCGAUUUAAGAACAAUGACCCACUGAAAGCGCUAUUCGACAGUCCACUGGCCUACUCAUAUGCCGCUUUUCGCCAGGCUACUUUAUUGUAUGAAGAGGCUGCCGAUGACGAAGAAUUCAAUGCCGUCUGUGACAAAGUGGCCUCGGCGGUGGUUCUAUACCCCGAAAUUGUAGCCCUGCUCCGCCAAGUCGAGAGAGAAAGUCAUGUCGGCGCUGUGGUCGUGACAUGUGGGUUACGUCGCGUUUGGGAGAAGGUAUUAGAGAGAGAAGGCCUGUCUGAGAAAGUGAUGGUCAUUGGCGGAGGCCGCAUCGCGGACGGCUUCGUUGUUACACCUUCGGUCAAAGGUGCGCUGGUAGCUAAAUUACGGAAUCAUCACCAAAUGUAUGUCUGGGCAUUUGGAGAUAGUCCCGGGGAUUUGGAUAUGCUGCACAAGGCCAACCAGGCUGUCGUUGUGGUUGGCGACAAGCAGGGCAGAAGCAAAAUCAUGGACGAAGCUCUGAUAGAUUCGAUCGACAACAAGGGCCUUCAAGCUAGUCAGGCUGUGCUGGGUAACAAUACAUCCCCCAGAUUAGACGCAAGCAAGCUCCCCAUUGUCCAACUCACGGGACGUGAGUUUAUGGAAUCUAUCAUUCGGCGUCGGAAGUCUUUCCCUGGCCCUCGGAUCUGGCAUGGAACAGACAGAAAUGCAGCCAAACUACUUGCCACUCAGAUGCGUGAUGCAAAGGUGGCCGGCCCAGAUUUGAGAGAAGCACAUCGUCGCGCCGGAUGGUAUUUAGCGACAGAAACCCUGGCUGACAUUCUCGGUGUCGAGGAGUGUCCCAUCCAGCACGUUCUAGGCCGCCCUACAAGUGGCUAUCGUCUCUUGAAUGAGUCACAGACACUAAUUGUCGCGUUGAUGCGCGGAGGCGAACCCAUGGCUUUCGGGGUCAACGACGCCUUCCCGCUUGCUAUGUUCCUCCACGCCCGCAGCCCCGAUGACAUUAAGCAGGAGCAUCUUCAGGGACGGCUCACCGUACUGCUGGUAGACUCAGUGGUGAACAGCGGCAAGACAGUCAUAGAAUUCCUACACCAUGUUCGCAGACUCCAUGGGUCUAUUCGUAUCAUGGUGGUUGCCGGCGUCGCCCAGUCGCAGUCUUUAUCCAAAGGCAGUGACCUGACUAGGGCGCUCAAUUCCUAUACAAACGUCGGCCUGGUUACGCUUCGCAUUUCUGACACCAAAUUCACCGGCAAGGGAGCCAACGACACGGGAAAUCGUCUAUUCAACACAACGCAUUUGCCCUGA